UGGUCAUUAAAUAAUCUUUUGUUGUCAACGUCAAAAGAAGUUGGAAUAUUUUUUGUCUAUGGAAUGUUGUCGAUCUGUAACAACUUGUACACGUCAGAGUUUGUGGUUAUAACGUUAUUUUGAAGUUCUUUGCCAAGUUUCAAGUAUUUUAGAACAAAAACCAUGGUUUCUGUGUUGAAUUCAAUCGAUACUGGUCAUGAAGACAUGAUCCAUGAUGCGGAGAUGGAUUAUUAUGGCCUGCGUUUAGCAACUUGUUCUUCCGAUAAUAGUGUUAAAGUGUACGAUAUCAAAAACGGAACGUCUACUCUUCUGGACGACUUAAAGGGACACUUCGGCCCAGUUUGGCAAAUCGCCUGGAGCCAUCCUAAGUACGGCAACCUGCUGGCGUCUUGUUCGUAUGAUAGAAAAGUUAUCAUUUGGAAGGAGCAAAAUCGAAAAUGGCUCAAACAUUAUGAAUACUCCAAUCACGAUUCAAGUGUUAACUCAGUGCAAUUUGCACCACCGGAGUUGGGUUUAAUUUUGGCAUGCGGUAGUAGCGACGGUUCUAUUUCAAUUUUAACUUACAUUCCUGAAACCAAUAGCUGGGAUGCAAAGAAAAUACAAAAUGCACAUGCAAUCGGAUGCAAUGCAGUAAGCUGGGCGCCCUCAAUAACAUCAGUAUUUAACAAUAACGAAACUGAUCCACAUACACCUGUUAAACGAUUGGUGUCUGGUGGAUGUGACAAUUUAGUAAAGAUCUGGCGUGAGGAAGGUGAUAGAUGGAUAGAAGAGAUUAAACUGGAAGGCCAUUCCGAUUGGGUGCGAGAUGUUGCCUGGGCUCCCUCUGUGGGCAUUCAAAGACACAUGAUAGCCAGUUGUUCUCAAGAUAGGAGAGUCUUCAUUUGGACUAGUAUGGAUUAUGUUAAUUGGAGUUCCACUGUCUUGCAAACAUUUGAUGAUGUUGUAUGGAAUGUUAGUUGGUCACUUAAUGGAAAUAUCUUGGCCGUUUCUGGUGGAGACAAUAAAAUCACUCUGUGGGACCAAAAUUCUGAAAACACCUGGCAAUGCAUCAGUGAUGUGGCAAAGGGCCAAGGUCAAAUUAAUUGAGUAGUUAUAGGUUGCAUUAUUAAAAAUUUAUUUUAACUCUGUUAUUGUAUAUUGUAUGUAAUAAAUAAAUAAUUUGUACUAAA